AUGUUCAAUGAGACUGUCAGUGCUGAAGACAUCUGUAUGUGGCUGGGUAGAUACUGCACUGUGAGAGGCCAGGCUAUGAAGGUGCGGGAUGUGGACGGCAUCUGGAACUGUGCUUGGCGGGUCCCCAUUAAACAAUGGGAAGACCCCCAAGGCUUCCAGGGCCUGAAGCAUCUCCCCUCAAUGAUAGUCCUGGGGGAGAACAGAGGCUACAUUCACUAUCAAGGCCAACCCAAACUGUGUCGGAAGUGCGGCGAGCAUGGUCAUCUGGCCGAAACUUGUGAGAAAGUUUUCUGUGGUAAAUGUCGAGAAGAUCAUUUGUUCAGAGACUGUCCAAAGUCGUUUGCAAAUAAACUGAAAAAAGGAAAAGAGACGCUAACAGAAACGGCUAAUGAGCAAGUGGAAGCAGCUGGGUCGGAAAAUUCAAAUCUCCCGCCAGGUCCUCUGAUUGGAGGAGAGGAGGAGAGGGCGGGAAGCGGGGAGGGGAAGGAAGCCCCCCCCCAGACCGAAACAUCCAGUGAGGGGGGGGAGAUGCUAACCGAAGGCGGAGCUAGCUCGGAUUCUGAGGAAGAACAGACGGACAGCAGCGAUGAUGCCCCCCUCCCCGACGCCCAGCUGGCUAAGAGGCCGGCAUCUGAGUCACCUCCCGACCUUACCCCCAAGGUAGGGAAGAGAGGAAGGCUGGAGGAACUCUUCGGUUCUUUCGGAGAGGAAUCCAAAGCCUUCCUCGCUGGCUCAUCCAAUGAGGUCUCGUUCCUAGACUUUGCUCACCAAUCAACCCCGAAGGACCCAAACAAGGACCGGGAACCAGUGACUCCAGUGCGCGGCCUCCUGUAUGGAGACGCCUCCACCGUUUGGCGCAACGUGAGCCAUCCCGUCCUUCCAAACAGACUCCAGGACCUGUCAUGGAUGGUGGCUCAUGGGAUCCUGCCGGUCAGAACCGUCAUGCACUCCCGCGGCAUGUCUGCAACGUCCAUCUGCCCCCGACCCGGUUGUGGCGCGCCGGAGUCGGUGAGGCCCCUGCUGUGGGAGUGCAGCGCUGCUGUGGACCUGUGGGCGAAGGCCGGCUCCUUGCAAUUCCCACACUUGCCAGCAAGGGAGGUCCUCCAUGCACAGUUAGUGCUGUACGGGGUGAGCCAGCAGAAAAUGACUAAAAAAGACUUCGCUGAGAUGUGGCUCACCCCAGCCACCAUCAAAGACGCCACUUGGACCUCCAGAAACUUGCUGGUGAGCAGGCGCAGGCAGAUGCCCCCCGUGGCUGUGAUCCGGAUGGCAGCAGCAAAAGAGGAACAUCAAGGGCUGCAGGUGGCGCGCCAAGGACACAGCCACCAAGAAGAAUCGCCUGCGCCUCCGUGGACGAAGGAGCCGGCGCUCCACGAGCAGAGGUCCAAGCAGCGGCGGCCUGGCUCUCCGGGUGAGGCAGGAGGGAAGGAGCUUUAGGGCGGGAUCCCCUCUGAGCACCAAGCGCUGUCUGGAAGGACGGGACGGCUCCGGACUUGGGAGGGAGUCACCCCGGUCCUGCUCAACUUUUAACACACAGAGAUUUUGUAUUUUAUAAUUCUUGUUCUUAGCUUCUUUUAGCCUAAAUUGAUGAAUUUGAAAGUUUUUAGAAAUUUCUGAAUAAUUGCAACAAUGUAAUGUUUUUAAAUGUUUAC